AAUAACCUGUUAAUCGGCCACACAGAUUAAUCUGUAUACAUUAAUUGUACUUUUUUUUCAGUUGUCAUAAAACAAUACAAUCAACGCUGGGUUUUUAAAUAUGCAGCCUUUGCAAUUUUAGUUUGAAAACGUUUAAUUGUUCAGCCCUACACCUACGAUUAUGUUAAAAGCACACAAGUGAUCAAUGUAAUUUGGUGUGUGUACUGAAAUAGCCCAACAUUAGGAGCAGGCAGCCAACCCCGGUGGUCACGUGGUGCAGCAACGUCACUACUAGGGUAGAGAUUUGUGAAGAAUAAGCAGGCAGAUUGAGAGGCAAAGAGCCCCACAGGAGGUGCGCUACUUUCUGUUAUUUCGCAUCGUCCCUUGUUUCUUUGCUUUGGGUGUUUGUUUUUUUCCUGGCCAGACAGAGAACAGAAUAUCUGUUCGACAUUUUAGAGACCCAAAUGCCCGGUCCCACCCAAGCCCUUUCCCCAAAUGGAGAGAAUAACAACGACAUCGUCCCGGACAACGGCACCAACAUCAUUCCUUACAGGAAAAAUACAGUGCGGGGAGAGCGCGCCUACAGUUGGGGGAUGGCGGUCAACGUAUAUUCUACCUCAAUUACCCAGGAGACUAUGAGCAGGCAUGACAUUACUGCCUGGGUAAACGAUAUUCUCUGCUUAAACUAUACGAAAGUGGAGCAGCUCUCCUCAGGAGCUGCUUAUUGCCAGUUCAUGGAUCUGCUCUUCCCUGGCUGCAUCAGUCUUAAGAAGGUUAAGUUUCAAGCCAAACUGGAGCAUGAGUACAUCCACAAUUUUAAACUGUUGCAGGCGUCCUUCAAAAGAAUGAAUGUGGACAAGAUCAUUCCUGUAGAGAAACUGGUCAAAGGCAGAUUUCAGGACAAUCUUGAUUUCAUCCAGUGGUUUAAGAAGUUCCAUGAUGCCAAUUACGAUGGUAAAGAAUAUGACCCGGUUGCAGCCAGACAGGGUCAGGAUGCCAUCCCACCACCUGACCCCGGGGAGCAGAUCUUUAACCUGCCGAAGAAGUCUCACCACGCAGCCAGCUCUCCCACUGCAGGAGCGUCAAGGUCAACCUCAACCACCCCCAAAACCGCAACACCGACAUCCCGACCCUCUUCAGCCAAAAAGGUCCCUGCAAUUACAACUCCAGCCAAAGGGGAGAAAGACCUGGAAUCACAGGUCACACAGCUUACAGAGGAGGUGAACCACUUACAGUCGACACUGAAAGGGGUGGUGAGUGAGAGGGACUACUACUUCAGUAAGCUGCGAGAUGUGGAGACGUUGUGCCAGGAACAUGUUGACGAAAAUGCUGAGCUGGUGGCGCGGCUAAUGGAGAUCCUUUAUGCCUCAGAGGAGCAGGAUACAGUGGAGGAGGCUGAGGGUGACGGACAGGAAGUAGACCAGCAAGGUCAGGGGGAGGAACAGGAUGAAUACUGACUGCCACCAUCCUUCACUACAGUUACACCCCUGUUUUUAAUAUGUGAGAACUGUUGAACGGAUUUUUAAUUUUUCCUCAUGGUUCUUUUUGUUGUCUUCUCCAAGACUGAGCACAUGAAGCAACCUUCCUGAAUAGAAGCACUAUUACAGCUGUUAUUUUUUUGUAUCCUUUUGCUCACUGUUCAAUGUUUUUGUGACUUUUGGUGAACUGCUGUGGCAGGUUUGUGGUGACGACCUCCACCAGUAGACAAGCUCAGACCAUCACAGACGUUUUCCGAAGACUGUGCGUGGAAAAACGUCAAUUCAAAUCCUGCAGUAGAUGUGAUGAAAUGCUGAAAUUUAGACAGGUAAAUGUUACCUGUCACUGCAAGUGUUAACUUCCCCAGCUUCUGUCCUUUUUCCACUUUUAUUUUGUUUUUAUUUUGCAUAUCAACAAUAUCAAUCACAAGAAUGCAAUAAGCAAAGCCCUAAAAGGGCUCAUUGUAGCUCUUAUUUAACCUCCUUCCAUAUGUUGCACUGACAUUUGACUCUGUAUUGGACAAUCUGUCCAUAGACUUUCACCAUAUUUAUUAUUGUAAAGCCUUAGAAAUAGUGAAAUAUUUUGAAUUGCAGCCUCAUGAAGGAGGACAAUACAGUUGAUUGUAGUGUAUAAUUCCAAUUUAUGACUGUUUGACAGCUAUCUUUGCAAAAUACAACAUUUUAGAUAAUCUGUACACUCCAGACUGAUACUCACACCAUACAAGUUUGGUGUUAGGCUAAGAAAAAAUAAUUUUAUUUGUCCUUAACAUAGGGAGGGAAGAAUCAUUAUUGUGGACUAGUCUUCUUAACAUGAUGCAGCGUUUUAAGUUUUAAAUCUCAUCUGGAACCUGUGGUUAGUUCAGAUUUGGGCUGUUUGUUUAGUUCCGAGGUUUUUCUUUCAACCACUGGUCUUAGGGAGAUGAGUCGGUUCACUGAGUAAUUUGCCAUAGUAUAUUCCAGUAAGUACAUUGUAUACUCUUUUUCUUAAUAUUGCAUUUACUAAUACUGAAUUGGGCAGUGCACCAUGAGGCUUUAGUCCUAUAUUAUUGUGUAAAUGAAAAGGAAUGUAAACUUGUACUGUCAAUAAUUAUUGAAUGGUAAAUGUUUUUCUUUCCAUGUCCCACUCAUUAUGCAUUCCCCAAAAACUGUGUUGCAUGUUUGCAUUUUAUUUGUGAAUAACUUGACUGGCUUUUUACAUAUUUAAUAAAAAAAACAAAAAACAAACAUUAUGUUAAGUGAGCUUUUGUAUGUUUAACCUGCUAUUUGAAAGAUGUUGCAAUUUGGGUGGAUUUGCUGAAAUAAAAUUAUGUUUUGAGUCCA